AUGGUGCCGCAAUUUCAACAAGGAAAUAGUGAAGAUGUUUGGAAUGUGCUUAUUUGGUGUUCGGUUCCUAUACCUUUUGACGACUGUGAAACCAUCCUCUGCGAUUAUUCGGAUUACAUCUUUCCGUCCCGUAACCAAGUUCGAAAUGGAAGUCCAACACGAAUUAAUUUCUGGUACUUUUUAUUCUGGUAUUAUGGGUUGUAUAAUGCACUGGCAUUAUUUCUUAUUACCAAAUUAUUCAGCAUUUAUGCUUUAAAUUGGUACCCAAAACGAUUAGGAGCCAAAGUGACGUUUGCCUUAUUUUGGCUGGUUAGUCAAUCCAUUGGCGUGGUUUUUUAUUACAUCCCCAUGGUACACAAUCAGUCGAUAUUUUGGGUUUGCCUUACAUUUUUAACCAUGGCUAUGCCUUUAGUAAACGCAUUGCUCAUUAUCCAUCGAAAGCGAAUGGACCGUCGACAUCGCGGUGCGAUUGGUGUUUUACUAGCAGACGAGAAUAAUGUGCCGACGGCUGAUCCCAAGCCCUCUAUCCGAUGGAUUCCGACUGAACUACCUAAAUUACGAGCACCGGCUUCCUAUCGCAGAUUCUUGUGGUUCUGUACAGCCUUGGCGGUCGCGCUCGUGGCCUUGAUCGGUGGUGAAAUGUAUGCCUAUUUCUUUCUGGCCACUUUGCCUCAUACCCCGCUGGAAGCGUUCUUUUAUGUCUACAGUUGGGUCGCCGCCAUCUAUAUCAUGGAUGCCAUUACAGAUUAUAUUCUGUACCGCAAAAUUCGCCAGCAUAUUCAAGCUCUACUUUUUCAUGAUUUAUUUCAUCUUUUAUCGAAAUUUGUUUGCCAGACUUCGAUCGGUGGAUCAAUUUGCCAUUGUUCAGUUGGCCUCGUUCCUAUGGAAAAGAUUGGGCGAUCCUUCUACCUUCGUAACUUGGCGGAGAACACGACGAUGCUGGGAUUUCUUUGCUGGGUGAAUAUUUUACAUUUCGGUCCCAAUCGAGCCGCUUAUCCUUAUUUCCAUAUGGAUGAUCAGGACGGUAGCCCCUAUAACCAUAACUUGACGGUGAUUGCGGCUUUGGUGAUAUGGACCAGUGAACUGACCAGCGCGUUCAUCACGAGGCUGACUUUUAAAAGGGCCUUUGAUUUCUCCAUUACACAACAGGCUAUAUCUGAAUUUGAAAGAUAUCCAGAAAUGAUCAUUGGAUUUGUGCUCGUCAUGGUUCAUGUCUUGCAAAACAUUUUACUUGCUCUCAUCAAGCUGGAUUUUUCUACUGGAUUAGAAAAAUAA